GAACCAACACCGGGGAUGGUCUCUUCAUUUUUCUUAAAAAAACAAUAUAAAUGUUAUAUCUCCACAAAAUGAAGUUUCCCUACUCAUAGAUUCGCGAGGAUAUGGUGAGGAGAAGGUGUCCCAUGCUGCAUUAGCGUCAUAGUGACAUGCUAGCCUGUCUGCCAGCAUCAGGUGACCCUACCGUCAGACUUCUCUCCCGCACGCAGAUGAACACUGGACUUCAGAAAUGGGAAACUACACAGAAGAUGAGAUCUGCCAGCUAUCCAACCCCAGCAGAGUUGGAUGCCUUUGCUAAGAAAGUUGCCAACAGCCCUCUGACCAUCCAGAUCUUCCCCAACAGUGUCAAAGUACCUCAAAGGAAGCACAUUCGGCGCACAGUCAACGGGCUCGACACAUCCUCGUCCAGCCAGCGCCACAGUCCCUACCCGUCUCAGGUCAGCUCCAGUAGGGGCCUGCUGGCCGUCCUCCGCACGCCCGCCAAAGGCGUCGUCAAAGAGUCGGACGGCAGCCGCGCCCGGCAGCUCCAGAAGGCCACCAUGAACCCUCACAGCGGUCAGUACGCCGCUCAAAGCACUUUAAAUCUCCCUCAACCGGGCCAGCACCCACAGGGCCAGACGCAGCCCGCGGCCCUGAAGCAGGGCAUGGUUCAUCCGCAGGCGCUACAGCAAAGCAUGACUCAUCCAAUGACAUUACAGCAGCCUCAAACCAUGCCCCACCCGCAGGCUUUACAGCAAAGGAGCAUGGCUCAUUCGCAAGCUCUGCAGCGGCAGCAGAGCUUGUCCCAUGUUCAGACUCAGCAGCAGAGAUUGACUCAUCCACAGGCCAUACAGAGGCAGCAGAGUCUGCCUCACACCCAGGCUCAGCAGCAGCAGCAGCAGCAGCAGCAGCAGCAGCAGCAGCAGGGCCAGCCUCAUCCACCGGUUGUACCGCCGCAGCGUCUUUCUCAUCUGCAGACACUCAAGCAUCACGCGGCUCCUCCGCAAGCUUUACUCGCACAGCAGGGAGCGACUCAGGAUCUGCGCCACAUGUCCGACGGAGCUCAGCUUCCGGGCCUGCAGCACACCCAGGGGCUGGGCGGCCCACAGCCCCUCCCCCAGGCUGCAGGCGGGGGCUCCAACCGGGCCCAACAGCCUCCAGCAGCCCCAGCCGGGGCGUACGGGCCCCGAAAGCUCCCCGACGCGGACGCCCCACCAAAUGUAACUGUAUCUACCUCCACCAUCCCACUGUCCAUGGCAGCCAGCCUGCAUCAAAACCGGCCCAGCGACCUGAGCAGCAUUGUGCACCAAAUCAACCAGCUGUGCCAGGCAAGGGCCGGUAUGGGCGCCACCUCCGUUUGCGAGGGCCAGAUUGCGAACCCAAGCCCCAUCAGCCGCAACCUGCUGAUCAACGCCAGCUCCAGGGUGUCCUGUCAUCACCCGGCCAUGGGCUCGGUGCCCAGCUGCCUCAUGGUGGGAGCCCCAGACAAAGCCACAGCUCAGACUCUCAACGCUGCUCUCCACUCGCAGCCCAGUAUAGCUGCUACUAAUAGUAUACCCGCCUUUCACACAGACCCAGAGAAGGUACAACUGCAGCAGCUGCAGCACCAUUUACAUCAGCAGAAACAACAACAACAACAGCAGCAGCAGUUACAGCAGCAGCAACAUUUACAUCAUCUGCAGCAGCUGCAACAGCAGCAGCAGCAGCAGCGCUCCUGGGCCCAGCAUCAACUGGCCCACAUGCAGCAGCCACCUGAGGGGGCCCAUCCCUGCAAGAACCCAAGGAUGGAGCCUCCAACCGAGUGCGCUUUCCCCUCUCGAAACCUCAACUAUACCCACAAGCUACCCAGCGCUGCACAGUCCUUUACCCUGAAGCACCCCUCCGAUAAAGCACGGCCAUCAUCCCCUGUUAACUGCCCAGUAGGUUCUAUGCCUUACAUCAAUGGCCACUACAUGCAGCCGCCAUGGGGCGGCAUCCCGGCCACAGCAGGUCACAAUGGAUCAGGCCCCCAGGACCUCCCCGUGGGUUUCCAGGGAGGGCAGGUUGCUUCAUCCGCAGAUCGCGUUCCUGGGGCAAAGUACAGGCCGGGCAAAGAGGGUCCUCCUGACCAAUCCAAGUUGAUGCAGAACGUGGAUUUCUUAGGGGGGAACUUCCAGAUGCCCAGCUUUCAGGAGCAGAACAUGGGCGUGAUGGAGAAGAUGCACAGGUCGGCCAUGGGCCAAGUUCAGGAGCCCAGCGGCGGCGGCGUUCACGCUCAUCACCCGGGCUACCGUUAAAGCGGGCGCUUAUCUCCUUUCUGCCCCCUCCCCUUGAGUUUUUCCUCAACAGCUACUUUCAGCACCUGUGGUUUAUUCUUUAAGAUCUUGCAAGUGAUCAAUUACAUUUUAUUGCUCCAGAGCUCGAUUUGUAGACCCCACCAGGUUGUGAUGUUUCAAAGUAUUCCUCAGGUCUUAAGCCAUGUCGUACCUUUGUUGCAGAUUAAGGGUUUUUGAGAUUGUUCUCCACUCUCGAGCAGAACUCCUUUUUUCAUCACUGGCAUGGAUUUGCUGCUCUUUGUUCGUGUAUAUAUGGUGUUCUAAAAUAUUAAUUUACAGCUGAGAAAAUGCUUGCCACAUGAUUGUCACAGUGCUUUUUUCCAUAGGUUGACAUGUAACAACUUUUAUUUUGAGCAUUUGUGGCCUUAAAACUGCCCAAAGGCAAGAUAUUAGGAUGCCCUUGUGUGAUGUUGUUUUUAUUUGCAAUUAUUUAUCCUCUUAACAGGUUUGUGAUCCAUUUAAAUAAGGUUACAUGUAUAUGCAAUUAAUAAGACUGUUGAUAAGGUUUUUGACCCAGAGGCUUCCUAUUAUAGUUGAGGCGUAGACUUGUAAACGGGCCUAGGAGUGAGAGCCACGGCUCCUCUAUCAGGAAUACAACAUGGCUUCUGAACCGCACCGUUUGUGGUCCAGCUGGUUUAUUGUUUUUUUUGUUGCAUGGUUCAAUGGCUGAUCACAGGCAAAGCCAGCACUAGCAAAAAACAGUAACAUUCACCAUGUGGUUUCUCAAGGUGUGUGUGUGUGUGUGUGUGUGUGUGUGUGUGUGUGUG